AUGAGACCCCCGAGAGGCGGUGGACGCGGCGGCGGAUUCAGAGGUGGCCGCGACGGUGGUGGUCGCGGCAGAGGUGGUUUUGGUCGCGGCGGAGGUGGUUUUGGUCGCGGCGGCGGCGGCGGAUAUCGUGACGAAGGACCACCCUCCGAAGUCGUAGAGGUGUCAUCUUUUAUGCAUGCAUGCGAGGGAGAUGCAGUGACAAAGCUUACAAAUGAGAAAGUUCCCUUUUUCAAUGCUCCUAUUUAUCUGAAAAACAUGACUCAGAUUGGGAAAGUUGAUGAAAUAUUUGGCCCCAUCAAUGAAGCUUACUUCUCAAUUAAGAUGAUGGAAGGGAUUGUUGCUACUUCUUAUUCAUCCGGCGACAAGUUUUAUAUUGAUCCAAGGAAACUGUUGCCUCUUGCAAGAUUUCUUCCACAACCCAAGGGACAAUCAGCUGGUAGAGGUGGUGGUGGAGGUGGUCGUGGUGGAUUUAGAGGUGGCCGUGGAGGUGGUGGUUUUCGUGGAAGGGGGGCUCCAAGGGGUGGGAGAGGUGGUCCUCCCAGGGGUGGUGGACGAGGUGGUGGUUUCAGGGGAAGGGGGAGAUCAUAGAACAAUUUUAUGUAAUGUUUUUCACAUUGCUGCAGUUUUUCUCCUUUGGAGAUAACAUAGAUGUUGAAUUGACUUUUUAUUUCUUAUGCAUCGAGUUCAUGUUGGUUGAUUAUGUUGUUAUCAUUAUGGGGAAGUCGAUUGAUUUGUGUAGUCUCUAUAGAAAUUGUGCUUGAUUCUAUCAAUUAAAAUCGAAAUGGAAAGUGGAAACUGGA